AUGGAAAACCUUCAAAUGAAAUCUGGCUUCCUGCCAGGCCUUUUCGACCGCAGAGGCAGAAAUAAAGGAAAAGGCCCGACACCUGAACUUGAGGAGGAGAAGAUGCCAGAGCCAAAGCCGAGUCCCUUAUUUACGAGGUUGCCAGAUGGCCUUCGAAACCAUUUCAUCGCCAUGGCUGGCGAAUUUGUCGGCACCUUCCUCUUCUUGUUCUUCGCAUUCGCAGGCACGCAAGUAGCCAAUACUCCUCAGACCACCACUGGUAGUACCAGCACGAAUCUGCCUCAAGGCCCGAACCCUGCGCAGCUCCUUUACAUCAGCUUGUGUUUCGGCUUUUCCCUCGCCGUCAAUGCUUGGAUCUUCUUCAGGAUCUCAGGCGGUCUAUUCAACCCAGCCGUUACCCUAGGCUUGUGUCUGAUCGGUGCAGUGCCCUUUCUUCGCGGGGGCUUGAUCUUCAUUGCUCAAAUGUUGGGUGCCAUGGCGUCAGCAGGCGUAGUGAAGACUCUGUUUCCUGGCCCUCUCGCCGUCACUACUUCCCUUAGUGGGGGAACGAGCAAGGCACAGGGACUGUUUAUCGAAAUGUUCCUCACAGCGCAGCUCGUCUUCGCCAUCUUCAUGCUAGCUGCCGAGAAACACAAGGGAACAUUCCUUGCUCCCGUCGGAAUUGGAUUGUCUUUGUUCAUCGCCGAGCUGGCCGGGGUCUAUUACACGGGCGGCUCUUUGAAUCCAGCUCGAAGCUUCGGUCCUUGCGUUGCCAACCACUCGUUCCCUAGUGAGCAUUGGAUUUACUGGGUUGGCCCUUUGUUAGGGUCACUGGUGGCUUCGGGCUUCUUCUGGUUCAUCAAGAGCGCUGAAUACCAGACAGCAAAUCCUGGUCAAGACUUCGACGACCUCGAGGCCACCGCGUACCAUCCUGAGGAAGACUUGACGCGACCUGUUGUUAGUCCCACAGCUGUGCUUGAACCAGCUGCAUCCAGAGACGGUGCCUCCCGAACCUCCAAAGAAGGUCGUUCGAGCUCGCGCUUGCCAACACGAGCUCUAUAUGGCGGCCGUGGCUCUGGUGAAGCUAAGGAUGGUGAUGCCGAUGCUUCGGCAACAGUCCAUCAUAAGGCUACGUUGGAUGGGUAA